GAGUAGAGAGUCAUCCAAAAGGGCAAUGUAAUCUCCUUUCCCUUCUUAUCCUUUUCCGCCAUUCCCAUGACCUUCCAUCAAAGGAGCAAUGUAACCACCGCCUCCAUGCCUCAGAGUCUCUACCUCUCUUCCACCAUCUCCCCCAACGCCACUCUUCUCAAACCCCAACUUCCCGCCCCACCGCCCAAACUCCUACGCCUCCCUCCUGCACCGCCUUCUUCCUCCGCCAUUUCUCUCCCUCCAAAUCCCAAAUCUUUGAAUCCCCAGCUUCAAGAAAACCUCUUCUACUUGGAUUCCCUUGGCAUAGACUCCUUCCAUUGCCUCACUUCCCAUCCUCUGCUCGUCUCGGCCUCACUCCCCCAAUUCAAAUCCGUCGUUGAUUUCUUGCACAAUCUCCACCUUAAUAUUCAAGAAAUUCGGCGCGUGUUGCACAUGUGCCCGGAAAUCCUCACCGCCUCUCUCCAGCUUACUCUUCGUCCCGCGGUUACCUUUCUGCUCCGUGAGGCUAGGGUGGAGGGCCGGCAUCUUCCCGCCGUGAUUCGCCGCCGGCCGCGGCUGCUCACCCGCAGCGUGGAGGAGCAGCUCCGUCCGGCUCUCUAUUUCCUGCAAAGUGCGGUUGGAAUCGAGGAUGUUAGCAAGUGCGCGACUCUGCUUUCCUGUUCCGUGGAGACCAAAUUUAUACCCCGGCUCGAUUACUUCCAGAAACUAGGGUUUUCGAAACGAGAAGCCACGGUAAUGUUCAGGAGAUUCCCUUCGUUGUUCUGCUAUAGUAUAGAGGAGAAUUUUGAGCCGAAAUCCAAAUAUUUUUUGGUGGAUAUGGGGAGGGAGUUGAAGGAACUGUUGGAUUUCCCACAAUACUUUUCUUUUAGCUUAGAAAAUAGGAUAAAACCCAGGCAUCUGAUUUGUGUGGAGAAAGGGGUGUGUUUAUCAUUGCCCUUGAUGUUGAAGUUAUCCGAGGUGCGAUUUUGGGACAGGUUGGAGGUGUGUUGUAGUUCGUCUAUACCAGUGAGAACCUCUCCCUUUUGGUGCACCAAAAUUGAUGAUAGUGUGACUUGAUAAAAGACAAAAUUGCUUCUCCAUUUGUUAGUUUAAAUAUAUGAAUGAUUUUCUUAAUCUAAGCUCUAUCCAUGUAUCAUUGUCUGUUGGAAUGUUGAUUUAAUUGUAGUUAAUCGUCUCGUGUGUAUGAUAAUUUAAUAUGCAAAAUUUAUAAUGGGGUAUGUAUAAUUCUAUGAUC